AUGGUAAGUUUCCAACUUGGUGUGAAUGGACACAGGGCUAAUCAUCAACCUAAUUUGUCCAUCAACUCGGUGAAUUCUGUUGUUGAACCUUUGACUCCUCCAGAUUUAGGAGAUCAAACUUUUAAUUCUUCCGUCUUCACUUCAACUUCAAAUGGUCCUUCAACUGCUUCUUCAACACCACUAUCAAAUUUAAACAACAAUAUAGGCGGUAACACUUAUAGAUCAAGAUUCAAAUCAUUACCUUUAGUGAAUGAAUUGGAUCAAAAAUUUAGUCAAAUCAACAUUAGUAAUUUGCAAAAUCUUUCACAACCAUCACAGUCAAAUCAAGUUCAAACACCUUUACAAUCAAAUAACGUUACACCAACUUUAAACAACUCCAAUAAUAAUUUCACAAAGAAUGAUUACUUCAUGAAUCCAUUAAAUAGGGGAUCAAAUGGUUCUAUCCCACAAAUUUCUCUUCAACAAUAUCAUCAAAAUGCUUCGGGUUUAAAUUUGUCCAAUGUUAAUAUGACCAAUGCUGGUAUGAAUAUGAAUAUGAAUAAUAUGAAUUUAAACAAUUAUAAUAAUGGGUUGAAUCGUACAUCUCCACCACCAAUUGGUCAUACAAAUGGUCAUUCAAAUGGUAAUCAACAACAACCUCCUAUCCCUCAAAGACAAAAAUCUCAACCUAUUUUAUUACAAAAUCAACAUCAACAUCAUUCUUCUUUACCUGCAGUACAUUUUAAUUCUCAACCUCAAACUCCAAAAGUUGAAAUUCCAAAUUAUAAAAAUUAUGAUGAAUUAAAUUUAAUUCCAAUUGAAAGUCUUGAUAUAUUAAAAUUAUCUGUUGAUCAAUAUGGAUGUCGUUUUUUACAAAAAAAAUUAGAUCUUGAUGUUUCAAUUAAAGAUGUAAUUUUUAAUAAAAUUUUUAAUAAUUUAAUUGAUUUAAUUAUUAAUCCAUUUGGUAAUUAUUUAAUUCAAAAAUUAAUUGAUUAUUUAUCAAAUUAUCAAAAAGAUUUAUUAAUUGAAAAAAUUCAUACUUAUUUAUUUUUAAUUUCAAUUAAUCAAUAUGGUACAAGAUCUUUACAAAAAAUUAUUGAUAAAGUUUCAAAUACUUAUCAAAUUGAUUUAAUUAUUAAAGGUUUACAAAUUAAUGAUGUUACGAAUGGAAUUGAUGAUAAUAAUAUUGUUAAAUUAAUUAAAGAUUUAAAUGGGAAUCAUGUUAUUCAAAAAUGUAUUUUUAAAUUUCCUCCAGAAAAAUUUCAAUUUAUUAUUGAUUCAAUUUGUAUUAAUAAUAAUAUUGUUAGAAUUUCAACUCAUAAACAUGGUUGUUGUGUUUUACAAAAAUUAUUAAAUAAUGCAAAUUUUAAUCAAAUUUUAAAUAUUGCCAAGAUGUUAUUAAUUUAUUUGGAUGAUUUAAUUAAUGAUCAAUUUGGUAAUUAUAUAAUUCAAUUUUUAUUUGAAUUAAAUUUUUUGAAAACUUCUAAAAAUAUUUCAUUUUUAAUUGAUGAAUUUUUUAAUAAAAUUUAUAAUAAUUUAAUUCAAUUAUCAUGUUUAAAAUUUUCUUCAAAUGUUGUGGAAAAAUUUAUUAAAAUUUUAAAAUUUAAACAAAAUUAUUUAUAUUUAACUGAAAUUAUUAAAUUAGUUGAUUAUAAUUUUGAAUUAUUAAUUAAAGAUAAAUUUGGUAAUUAUGUUAUUCAAACUUUAAUUGAUCAAUUUUAUGAUGUUAGUGAAUUAAGUUCUGAAAUGAAUAAAUUAAUUGUUAAUAUUAAAAGUUAUUUACCUGCAAUUAAAUCUGCUCCAUAUGCAAGAAAAAUUCAAUUAAAAAUUCAACAAUUAGAAACAAAUUAUAGUAUGAAUAAUAUGUCAUCAACAAAUUCUUCAUUAAAUUCAUUUCAUGAUCAAAAUAAUUUAAAUAAUAAUUUUAAAGUUACAACAACUAUUAAUCCACAUCAUCAUAUUAAUAGUAAUGAUUUAAAUAAUCAAUAUACUGGUUUAGAAUCUGAUCCAAGAAAUUAUAAAAAUCCAUACAUUACUAAUGAUUAUAAUAUUAAUCAUAAUGGUAAUAAUUUUAAUAAUAAUCAAUUUUUGAAUGAUGGUGCAGGUCAUCAAUAUGGAAUUCAAAAUCCUUAUACUACAUAUAAUCCAGGAUCAGAAAAUCAAAGUGUACCAGUUAUGAAUAAUUAUACCACAGGUCAUAAUCAAAUUUAG